AUGGUAUUUAGCGACACUGUGGCAGCCGUCCUGUCAUGCCUGUUCAUGGAGCUGGCCCGGCAUCCGAAAGAGUACAGGAAACUGCAAGAUGAAGUCGACGAGUACUUCAGAGGACAUGACAAGCCUGAACAUGCCGCCCUUUCAAAGCUACGAUAUCUUCAAGCCUGCAUCGACGAAUCAUUACGUCUGCAUCCACCUGUACCGUCGGGUGUACAGCGAAUGACGCCGCCAGAGGGUCUUCAAGUAGACGACGUCUGGCUUCCUGGAGACACCAUUGUUUUUGUACCGUCGUAUACACAGUACAGAGACGCCAGGUUCUUUGAGAGACCAGAUGACUUCAUCCCGGAACGAUGGAUUGACCAGCCGGAACUCGUCAAGAACGCCGCAGUCUACGUGCCAUUCUCGACAGGACACGACGUAUGUAUCGGGAAACAGCUCGGCCUCCUAGAGACGCGAUUUGUGACCAGCGCCAUCGUGCACAAGUACAACUUGCGAUAUGCACAAGGGCAGACAGGGGAGAUAUUCCUAGAGGGCAACAAGGACACGGGUACACUGACCGUCGCCCCGCUCAAUGUGGUAUUCUCGCCGAGGAAAGCGUGAGCGUGGGGGUGCUUCGGCGAAGUUGUCUCAUCUCCCGUCUUAUACAUGCAGCUUACAGAAAA